AUGGAGACAACUAUAAGUAGAGAGUAUGUUUUAGAGUGUUUAAAGGGAUCAUUGAUACCCGAACACACAAAAGAAUGCGAAGCAAGAUUACAACAUAUAAACAAAACUGCAAACUAUGGUAUCAUGCUAGCAGAGAUUGCAAUGAACAAAAUGAUUCAACAAGACCUCAGACAGUUAUCAUUGCUUCUACUCAAGAAUAAAAUCAAACAAAAUUGGAACGACGGUGCCAAUGAACCAAGUGAACAAGAAAAGGCAACCAUUAAAGAUGUCAUCACUCCUGGUUUAUCUGAUCCAAUCUCUAAAAUUAGAACUGCUAUUGCAAUGUGUAUAGGUAAAAUUGGAGUUUAUGAAUGGCCUGAGAAAUGGCCAUCUCUCCUUACCAAUUUAAUUCAAUGUCUCGAUCAAACAGUCAAUAAGGACAAGAAUCUCUUUAAUGGAUCGAUGAAAUGUUUAGAGAUUCUCUGCGAUCCAAGGGAAUUGGAUGAAUCACAAAUUCAACAUAUCAUUGUUGUCUUAUUCCCAGUAUUUAUUACUUUAUUAAAAUCUGAUAACAUAGAAUAUUCUAUACAAUUAAAAAUUAUAAAUAUAUUUAAAAAUAUUGUUAUUCAAAUAUUGAUGAAUCAAUCAAGAACACUUACCAAAGUAUUGGCACCUGUGAUUCCAGUGUGGAUGGAACAAUUUGGAAGAUUAUUAAAUAGACGUGUAUCGGGACCCCAUGACAAAUUUAUAAAUGAACAAUUUACCAUUCAAACCGGUGUCAUUGAAUGCUUGUCACAAUUUAUUUCCAAUUACCCCAAAAAGAUGGCAUCGUACAUGAUAUCGAUGAUCACACCCAUCUGGACACUGUUUGUCGACUAUUAUCCACUCUAUGAACGUUCAGAGAUCUGGGUCGACGGAGUCAUCCCAGUAGCAACCGACGAAGGUGUCACACGUAUCGACAGCUUGAUUGCAUCCAUCUCAGAGUUUAUCAUGUACGCCAUUGGCCCCAAGUCCACCAAAAAGAUAUUUGAAGCACAUUUGGGUGCAGUCAUCAAACAAUCACUCCUCUACAUUCAAAUGACCUACGAAUUGACCGAUCUUUGGAUAGAUGAACCAAGCCAAUUUUUAGAGCAAGAAGAUGAGAGCAACUACCACCCACGUGUUAGUUUGGUGCUCUUGUUAAAGGAUAUUUCGGAUCAGUUCAAAGGAAAGGGUCUCAAAUUGGUUUGGGAAGCAGUAUACGAACAACUUGGUACAGCUGCCAAGAUGGGUGCUGAAAAAGGUUGGAGACUACGUGAAGCUGCAUUAAACGUAUUAGGAUCAUUGUCUGAAGAAUUUAUUAAAGCAGGUGACAAAAAGUACUUUGACUUUAGUAUGUUGAUGAGAGACAUUCUUUCAACCGAUUUCAACUAUUCAUUAGACGACGACUAUGCCAAAAUUCUUCAGUCUCGUUCACUCACUGUUGCCAGUAGAUUUUCAACCGCUGUUGAUGCUUCUCUUGGACUCCCAUAUCUUCGUCGUGCCGUUGAAAUCCUUCAAUCACCUUCAACAGACGAUACAUUCUCGAUCAAAUUGGAUUCAUUACGAGCAUUGUCCUAUUUUGCACAAGGAAACAAUGUUAACUUGGUAAAGGAAUAUGCUCCAUCGAUUCUUCAAUCCACAUGUGCUCUUAUGAAUGUUAUUCAAGACGACUGCAUCACUAUUGUCAUUUCAACACUCAAAUCGAUCUGUCGAUCAGACAGAGAAUUGGCCCCCCGUUACGAGCCACUCAUCACACCAGCACUCCUCAGCACUUGGGUCAAAUACAGCAACGACCCCGAACUCGUAGAAGACAUUAAAGAUAUGUUCCAGUUGUUGUGCUCGUCUGCUUCUGUCUAUCCGGGUAUUCUCGAACGUUCAUUGCCAACUUUUUGCACGGUACUCGAAAACUUUGACAAGCCAUUGUACAUUGGCAUCAUGGAGAGUGCUGUAGACAUGAUCAGUGUGCUCAUCAAGGGUUACAAGGUUGACAAUGUCGACCCAGGAAUCGUAAGCCAUAUCUUUAGACCAUUGGUCGAUAUGUUGUGUUGCGAGAAGCUUCAAACCGACAAUGGAGUGCUCAAGGCCGGUAUGAACGCGCUCACUGUCAUUGUCCACCGUGCAUCGCCACUUCUCUUUAACUGGGUGCACCCCACCAACGGACAGACAUCAGUCGCCUGUCUUUUACACAUUUUCGAAAAGCAUGUAUCCAACACGAACGAAUUUAUCGCCAUGUAUGCACCACCCAUUGCCGAGUUGAUGUUGGUCAAGAUGAGCGACCAGAUCCGUCCACUCCUCCCCGCCCUUUUAUCGUUGGUCAUCAAGGUGUUGGCCAUUUCAAAGGUACCAUCAUUCAAGCAAUCGUUGGUGAUGAUCUUUGCCAGACUAUUCAUUUUGCACACCAACGACGUAUUGGACUAUUUGGCUAAAUUAGAGUUGUCCAAUAUAUUGAACGUAGACGACCCCAAUAUUAAAAAUAACAACAAUAAUGGUUUGACAUUUGUCAUGAACGAAUGGCUCAAACACACUGAUGACAUUCAAUCAAAGUUAAAUAUCAAUAUUAGUACUAUAGCAUUGUCACAUAUUUUGGCGUCGGGUGAUCGUCGUCUUGGCACCAUCUUCAUUGACGGUACCAUGCUUGUACCCAAAGAGUUUGAAGGAAAGACACGUUCCCAAGCCAAAAUCGCACAGUCUGCAGUCUCUUCUGCCAUCAAGUGGACCAAGGUUCCACUUAUCCACAAAAUCACAAAGAUGCUAACCGACCAAUACAAAGAUGAAUUACAAGCCAAAAAGGAAGCAGAGGAAGAUAUUCAAAAUUUAAAUGCAAAGAAAUUGGCAAAACAAGCUGGUAUCAAUUUAAAGGAUCACAGUGGUCAACAAGAUGAAGAAGAAGAAGAAGAAGAAGAGAUUGAUUAUGAAGAUGAAGACGAUGAAUUCAAUGUUGACGAUGAUUUUGAAGAAGCAGAUGAUUAUUUGGAUUUGGAUGAUGUUGAUUAUGGUUAUCCAGAUUAUGAAGAUGAUGAUGAAGAUUUUGAAUUUGAUCCAAUUUCAAAAGAAGAUCCUCUUUAUGAUAUAGAUUUAAUUAACUAUAUUAAAGAUGUUUUUAUAAGAUUAUCAACUUCAAAUCCAACAGUUUUUAAUGAAAUUCAACCCAUUUUAGCAACAAACUUUCAGGCAUAA